UAAUAACCUAAACGGUAUCAAUAAUCACAGCGACAUUUUAUUUAAAAGUAAUACUCUUCAAUGCACACCAGAGGGCAUAACAUGAAAAAAAAUCGGAUUUCAACAUUUGAGCACACGACUCUUGCAAACUAGUGGAAUCUUUGUUUCUGCGAGUAUCACGUGGCAUGCUGUAGUGUAUAACCUUUGUAGGCAGAUCAGAGCGAUACGAGCCAAGGAAGAUAUCCUAUAUAACUUUGUUUGAACGCCUGGUUGCUGUGGAUGCAGAGGAGUUUUUUUGUAAACGACACUGCGCCAAAUGUAAGAAAGGCGCGUUUAACCAACACAAAAUAUAACAAUGCACGAGUGAAAACCUAUACAGUAAAAAAAAAAAAAAAAAAAAAAAAAAAAAAAGUACAAUGCAGGUAGGUUGCCUGUCAUUCAGACAGCCUUAUGCCGGGUUGCUUCUGAAUGGUAUCAAAACAAUCGAGACACGCUGGAGACCCCUGCUGUCUGAACAUAGGAACUGCACUCUGGCGAUUCACAUCGCACAGCAGGACUGGGAAGACGAGGUGUGGAGGGAAAUGCUCACAGAGAGACUUGCGAUGACAACCGAACAAGUCCAGGAACUGGUGGAUCAAGGAGAGAGGUUCGGCAGAGGAGUUAUUGCAGGUCUGGUUGACAUUGGUGAGACCUGGCAGUGUCCUGAAAAGCUGUCUGCUGAAGAGAUGAGGGACCUGGAAACCAAAGCCCUGCUGAACGGCCUGGAGGAGAAGUACCUGACUCUGGUCUCCAAUCCCAGGUGGCUGAGGGAGCCUCUGUACUCCAGGGGACGCAAGGACGUGUGGACAAUAGAGAUCCCUGAGCGCUUGAUUCCAUCGCCCUGCUCAGUGUGACGCCUGCCUUAAGACAAGCGGAGUUUCCUGGAAUGGGCCUUUCAUCCAUCCAGGGAGUGCUUUAGAAAGUUGCGACAUAAACUGUCCUGUGCAUUUUAAGUGAAAACAAUACUGUUGUUUUAAUACUAGAAGGACAGGCGAUACACUCAUACCUAUAAGCCACGCAGCAGUCUUUCUGACGGCUGUAUUAAAAAUACUGUAAGUAGAAUAACGAAAGGAGAAACAGUUGGAUGUAAUUAGUUUAAAAAAAUUGUUACAUAAGCAUCUGAAGAACCGUAGCAUGUUAUAUACAUAUGAACAUUUAUUUUACAAAUCAAAACAGGAAAAUGUAAAUAAAUAAACAUUGAACAGACAUCCAUUUACAACAUACAUAUUUAUAAAACUGAAACGAUAGCAAUGCAUUUAACUUUUCAACAGCAGUCGGGUUAUGUGCAAAACCAACUGAACAACGUAGAUAAAUAAACUUAGAAGAAAACAUUUUACAAAAGCACACAGCACAAGAAGUUAUAAAAAAA